CCGACGCUACCGUGACGACAGCCAAUCACGGGGAUCGGACGGGCCUCGCGUGUCCGUUCUUCAUCUCUCCGCUGUUCUCAUUGGUCAGACUCUAAAAUAACUAGCCUAUCACAACUCAAGCUUGUGGCAGCCCUUAUAAAACUAUGCAUCAUACCCGCUGUCCUUUUUAUUGGUCGGUCGUGUUUACGCUAUAUCGGUGAUUGGCUCCCAUUUCUAUCGGCCGCAUCAGCUCCUUGUCUGAUUGGGUAGUGACGGUUUUGAAAGGGCGGGUAUCUUGAAUAUACGCACUGCAUUUAAAUCAAGGAGCAGGAAGAGUGUGUUUCGUGUUGUUGUUGCUGAAUAGGAUACAAUAUUAAUAAUUAAUAAUAACACUUAAUUGUAAUUCUUGCGGUGGGCAGAAUGUGGAUUUAACUAACGGCAAUCUGUGUGUAUUGAGAAUAUUACAUUAACAAGGAAUUGGGCGUGGAAAUAUAAAUACAGAAAUACAGACACUUUGACAAGAAAACACAAUUGCUCGACCCUCCGACCACGAUUUACAAUAUUGUUGUCAUGAAAGACGGUCUACACGAAACAGCGAUGGAGAGUGCAGAUCACCCCUACUGGCCUCGCUCCCUGUCUAUCCCGGGGUACCGGCCCAAUGACCGCAGCAUGGCUGAGAUCCUGACCUUCCUCUUCUCCGUGUCGGGGGCCCUGCUCCUGGGGACCUGGCUGCUGUCGGGCUGGGCUGGCCCGAGACUGGGCACGGGGCGCAGGCUGGUCCUGUGCUGGUUCUCGGUGUGUGGCUUCAUCCACGGAGUCAUCGAGGGCUGGUUCAGUCUCUUCCACCUUCAGAUCCCCGCGGACCAGCACUUCCUCUCCCAGCUCUGGAAGGAGUAUUCCAAAGGGGACAGCAGAUAUGUCAUUUCUGAUAACUUCACAGUGUGCAUGGAGACGAUCACAGCCUGGGCGUGGGGUCCUCUCAGUGUGUGGACGGUCUACGCCUUCCUUCAACACAAACACUAUCGCUUCGUGCUGCAGCUCAUCGUAUCGCUGGGUCAGCUCUAUGGGGAUGUGCUGUAUUUCUACACUGAGUAUCGGGAGGGUUUCACUCACAGUGAGAAGGGACACCCCCUGUAUUUCUGGUUCUACUUCGUCUUCAUGAACGCUCUCUGGAUUGUGAUCCCAGCUCUGCUCAUAGUGGACGCCUGGCACCACCUAGUGGCGGCGCAGAGCCAUGCGGACAAGUCCAAUGGGCCACGACAGAGGAACCACAUCGAUUAGAGACACGAGAACAACAGAAUGUGACAUCGUUUUCAAUUUUGCUUUUGAACCAAAUGCCACGGGGAUGGAAUUCAAACGCUUUCCUAUUGUUGACUUUGGAUAUCUCCUCCCCACUCAAUCACGACAUGUUGUUUCUCUAAAAAGGUGUGUGAUUCAUUACGGUAUUUUAGGAACCUGUAAUUUUUCUUUUCAUUAACAUCCUGACAACUUUUUACAUGUAUAACUGUGAAGUCUGUUUCAAAGCUCUUUUCAAAAUGCCCUCUCUAGUGCACGGAUAGUGUAAGGAUUAUUGUCCACAUUGUUAAACAGGUAACACAGGACUAACGAUCCAUGAUUAAUCACUCUUCCUG